AUUUGUCGACCUGAAUCGUACUUGGCCACUAAAUUCAGGUGCCUCUUCGACUUGACCGAUUCGUAUGUUCCUAAUCUGAUACACCCACCACCACACUAUCACCACUGCGCCUCUCCUCCCCUUCCGUCUGAUCUGGCAAUGGAACCCGACGUGAGCAUUGAGACAUCAUGCAUGAUCCGGAUCGCCGUCCUUCCAAUCGGCAAAGUCCCCCCUCCUCUUCUGCGGGAUUACCACUCCAUGCUCCUUCCGCACCACACCAUCCCUCUCUCAACCAUCAGCUCCUUCUACACGGAGCACCAGAAAUCGCCUUUCGCCCACCAGCCUUGGGACACAGGCUCGCUCCAGUUCAAAUUCUUGUUGGGCGGGUCCCCGCCUAGCCCUUGGGAAGAUUUCCAGCCUUAUCGCAAGUUCCUCUCCGUGAUUGGCAUUUGCCACUGCCCUUCGUCACCAGAUCUUGAUCACGUCAUCGAUCAAUUCAAUGCUGCCUGCAAAAUUUACACUUCGGCUCUAGUUCUACGCUGCUUCGCCUUUUGUCCUGGGGAUUCGCAAUUGGAUGAUGGUAAGAAAAGGGAGAACUUGGUUUUGUUUCCUCCUGCAGACCGUACAAUGCAGGAGUUUCACCUACAUACAAUGAUGCAAGAUAUCGCUGCUUCAUUACUGAUGGAAUUUGAGAAGUGGGUUCUUCAAGCAGAAUCUUCAGGAACUCUUCUGAAGACACCUUUAGAUUCUCAAGCUACUCUUAGCUCAGAGGAGGUGAUCAAGGCUAAAAAACGAAGACUUGCUCGUGCACAAAAGACAAUAGGGGAUUAUUGUUUGUUAGCAGGAUCGCCUGUUGAUGCAAAUGCUCACUAUACUACUGCACUAGAGCUAGCCAGGUUGACUGCAGAUUACUUUUGGUAUGCUGGGGCAUUGGAGGGUAGUGUUUGUGCUAUACUGGUUGAUCAAAUAGGCCAGAAGGAUACAGGUGUAGAGGAUGAGGUUAGAUAUCGGUACAAUAAUGUCAUUACGCAUUAUAGGAAAUCCUUCAUUCAAGACAAUGUUCAGAGAGUUUCACCCAUUACCUUUGAACUUGAAGCUACCUUGAAAUUGGCCAGGUUUUUAUGUAGGAGAAAAUUGAUUAAGGAGGUUGUGGAGUUGUUAACUAAUGCUGCUGAUGGUGCUAAAUCUUUGAUUGAUGCCAACGACAGACUCAUAUUAUAUGUUGAAAUAGCUCGCUUAUUUGGUACUCUUGGUUAUCAACGAAAAGCUGCCUUCUUCUCAAGGCAGGUAGCUCAGUUAUACCUACAACAAGAAAAUAGAUUUGCUGCUACCAGUGCCAUGCAGGUCCUAGGAAUGACCACCAAAGCAUAUCGUGUUCAGAGCAGAGCAUCCAUCGCAAAACAUUCCAUUUCUAAUGAAAUUGAACCAGGGCAUGCUGAUAGUGGAAAAUUGCAUCAUCUGUUAGUAGUUUCACUGUUUGAAUCACAAUGGAGCACCUUGCAGAUGGUUGUGCUGCGAGAGAUACUUCUAUCUGCUGUUCGUGCAGGAGAUCCUCUUGCUGCCUGGAGUGCAGCAGCAAGGCUACUAAGAUCUUAUUAUCCUCUAAUUACACCUGCUGGACAAAAUGGCCUUGCUAGUGCCUUGAAAAGUGCAGCUGAAAGGUUGCCUUCGGGAACUCGAUGUGCUGACCCAGCCUUACCUUUCAUAAGGGUAUACUCUUUUCCUCUCCAUCCCUCACAAAUGGACAUUGUAAAACGCAAUCCAGCAAGAGAAGAUUGGUGGGCAGGAUCUGCUCCUUCAGGACCUUUUAUCUACACACCAUUUAGCAAGGGAGAGCCAACAAAAAAUGGCAAGCAAGAUUUGGUUUGGAUUGUUGGGGAACCAGUUCAGGUCUUUGUGGAAUUAGCUAACCCUUGUGGAUUUGAUUUAAAGGUCGACAACAUCUAUCUCUCAGUGCAAUCAGGGAAUUUUGAUGCUUUUCCCCUUAGUGUAGAUCUCCCAACUAAUUCAUCCGAGGUGAUCAUGUUAUCUGGAAUCCCAACAUCUGUUGGACGGGUGGAGAUUCCAGGAUGCACUGUUCAUUGUUUUGGUGUAAUUACUGAGCACCUUUUUAGGGAUGUUGAUAAUUUGCUUCUUGGAGCGGCACAAGGACUUGUGCUUUCUGACCCUUUUCGAUGCUGUGGGUCGCCAAGGUUGAAAAAUGUGUCUGUACCUAAUAUUUCUGUUAUACCUCCAUUGCCAUUGCUAGUGUCGCAUGUUGUAGGUGGUGAUGGUGCCAUUGUUUUAUAUGAAGGUGAAAUUCGAGAUGUUUGGAUAAAUCUAGCUAAUGCUGGCACAAUUGCAGUUGAGCAGGCACACAUUUCACUAUCUGGAAAAAACCAAGAUUCUGUCAUCUCGAUUGGAUACGAAAAACUAAAGUCUGCUCUUCCAUUGAAACCUGGUGCAGAAGUGACCGUACCUUUGACCUUGAAAGCCUGGCAGCUUGGCUUGGGCGAGAGUGAUACUGCAGCUAGUAAGGGUGCCUCCGGUAGUAUGGGUAGAACUGUGAAGGACGGAUGUUGCCCCUCAUUGUUGGUCCAUUACGCAGGGUCAUUUGGAGAUGCUAGGGAUCUUGAAAAAAACAAAACAUCUGUGCCCCCAGGAAGGCGUCUGAUUGUUCCACUACAAAUCUGUGUUUUGCAAGGUUUGUCUUUUGUUAAAGCUCGUUUGCUUUCCAUGGAGAUUCCUGCAUAUGUGGGCAAGGGUCCUUCCAAUCCGGCUAAUGUGGACGGUAACCCUUCGAAUAAAGCUGUUGGCUAUGGAAGUAAGAUAGAGAGAUUAGUGAAGAUUGAUCCCUUUAGAGGAAGCUGGGGAUUACGUUUUCUUGAACUAGAGAUGUCUAAUCCAACUGAUAUGGUGUUCGAAGUAAGUGUUUCUGUCUUGGAAAAACCAAGCAAUGAGGACAACGUUUCUGUUGACUAUGCUGCUGAAUAUGGUUAUCCCAAAACAAGAAUUGACAGAGAAUACUUCUCAAGGGUUUUAAUACCACUUGAGCAUUUUAAGUUACCUUUUCUUGAUGAUUCAUUCUUUUCAAAAGAUCUGCAGCUUGACGAGUCCACCAGUGGUAAAAAUUCUAGUUUGUCAGAAAGAAAUACAAAAUCUGAACUAAAUGCUUCCAUUAAGAGCCUCGUUUCCAGAAUAAAAGUCAGGUGGCAAUCAGGGCAGAACAGCUGUGGAGAACUGAAUAUCACAGAUGCUAUACGAGUAGCCCUUCAAUCAUCCAUCAUGGAUAUACUAUUGCCAGAUCCUCUGACUUUUAGCUUUAGGCUUGCGAGAAAUGUUUCUAAAAAUGCUGCAAAUCUUGAUUCACCAAAAGAAUCUAGUAUUAAUAUUCAGCCUUCUAUGUCAAACAGUUCUGUAAUCGAACAUGAUAUGACUCCAAUGGAAGUUCUAGUUCGGAAUAACACGAAAGAAACCAUCAAAAUGAAUCUUAGUGUUACAUGCAGAGAUGUAGCAGGACAGAAUUGUGUUGAGGGCACGAAGGCAACUGUCUUAUGGGCCGGUGUUCUAAGUGGAAUCACCAUAGAGGUUCCUCCACUUGAAGAAAGCAAACAUAGUUUCUUUCUGUAUUUCCUUGUCCCAGGUGAGUACACCAUGGUUGCUGCUGCUGUAAUCGACGACGCAAAUGAUGUUUUAAGAGCGAGAGCAAAAUGUGAAUCGCCUGACGAGCCUAUUUUUUGUCGAGGACCUCCUUUCCAUGUUCGUGUCAUUGGGACUGCUUGACAUUUUUCUUUUUUUCCAUAUGCUUUCAUAAAGUGAUCUUCCUAAACCACUGCUCUCUUCCCCUAUACACCAAAAUUGAUCUUCUAUCUCAGAAAACCUAAUCCGCUUCUCAAAAUCCAGUUACCCUACAAAUUGAGUGCAUGUUUUUGAGAAGAUAUGAAGAUUACUUAUCUAUCCAUUUUUGGAUUUCUUUAUUCAUUAUAUAUAUAUAUAUAUAUAUAGAUUUUGUGAAAUAUAUUUGAUAUUUCCAUUUAUUUUAACUAUUA